GUGCUGGCUGAUAUGAAGCAAGCAAACGAGGAAGCUGACGAGAUGUCCGAGGUGAUGUCUCGUUUAACAGAUGGUUUGGGACCAAUGGGUUUGGGUGGUGGUAGCACGGUGGCGAGCUUAGCUGGUGUAAACGUUUCUCCACGACAAAACUGGUAG